GUGACGACGUUCAUGUCCAAGGUGAGGUCCAUCUUCAUGCGCAGCGACAAUGCAGGGGACCCCAAGACAACAUCGCGUGUGUCACCUGCCACGGAGCUGGUCGUCGACGGAAAUACUGAAGCUCCUAGGGUCAUAUCGUCCCCGUCGCUCGCAAAGCAACCAACGCUUCCUACGCAGCCGACGUCAACCUAUGGCCGGCUAACGAUUCGAAUCAUUGAGGGAUCGGACUUGCCCCUGGCAAAGCUUGAUCCUGCACAUGGCACAACGUCGUCCACGGCAACGUCAGGUUGGGUGAGAGCACUUCGACGGAGCUCCCUCACUGGGCGCAAGUCGACCCUCGAUACGAAAAUGACGUCCACUGCGGCUGCCAUGUGUGUUGUGGUGCAUCUCACAGGCGAGCCUCAGCACAUGUACUCGACAGAAUGCAUCCUGGCAUCUCAAGAUUCGUGGAACGAGGAGUUUAUGGUCGAUACGGUGUGCUCGGAUGAAGUGCUGACGCUGUAUGGCAUUGACCGAAUGCAAAAUCCUCCAUACUUCGACUUGUUCGUCGACAUGGCACACCACCCAUGCUGCAUCGGCAAAGUGACGAUUCCGCUCUCACGUCUCCCCGACAACCAAGAGAUCGAGCAAUGGUAUUCGUUCACAGGCAACACGACGUCCCAAACGUUCACCCGGGCAGCGAUCCGCGUCUGCGUCAAGUUCACGUCGAUGGCGAUCGCUCCAUCGAGCCCGAUGCAUCACCACCAGCGGCACCCAAGCUUCAUCGGGCACCCUUCUUCCGACCCAGCAACCCACGUGGAUGAAGACAUUGACGACGACUCGGCGACGGAUCUCUGCCUUCCUACCGCCUUGAUCGACUACGUUUUGCUGGUCGGUCCCUCGUCAGUUCUCCCACAUUCGUCCAAACCUUCUUCGAGCCAUGACGUGCGUACCCCCGGUCAAGACAAUAUCAUCUUAAGGCGUUAUCCCCAAGACGACCGAACGGAAUUCCCCUUGCCCACAAAGAUCGAAUGGUUCUGCUUUCCCGGAGGGUACGAAGUCACGACCAGUGCAAGUCGCCCCAUAUCCAAGCACUUUACCUUUGUCCUGUCCGGGGGCGCCGAUGGUUUGUCCAAGUGUUAUGGCUCGUGCAUCCUCGUCUUCGAGCCCGUCCAGGAGUCAGCAGGCUCGUUGCAAACUCGUUGGCAUCCAAUCUGUCUGUGCAUCUUGUCGCGGGUCCCCAUGCUCGAGUUUAUGCAAGACGCCGCCAUCGCGCUCAUGUGGCAAUACCUGGACAACGCCGCGCUGGCCGAAACUUACUUUUAUGAGCUCGCCAUGGUCGUGCCGCGUCCCGUUCGAGACAUCCUCGACGUGUCCAUUACACUGGCACGGUGUACAUGGCGGCUGUCGCUCCCUCGGCAUGCGCACGCCGCGCCGUUCCCCGAAUAUGCCGCGCUGCCGUCGUUGGCAAAAUCGCAUCGUGACGACGACGGCGCGCGCACUGAACCGACGUCGAUCCUGCUCCCACCGCUCCCGUACUCGAUGCACGUGUUUUUCAAGUGUUUUCCUGUAGCCGUGGCUGUCAAAGCGGUCGUGCUCGCGCUGUGUGAAUACCGCAUCGUUGUCCACUCGACGCAACUCUCCCUCCUGUGCCCCAUCACGGAAACCAUCAAAGCCCUCAUGUACCCGUUUCGAUGGCCCCAUCCGUACGUGCCCAUGCUGCCGCGCAUCCUGUCCGAAUACGUCCAAGCGCCGCUCCCGUACAUUCUCGGUGUGCACAGCGCGUGGCUUUCGAGUUUAUUUGAAGCCGGGAAACCCGAGCACCUCGUCCUUGUCGAUGCCGACCGAGGCACCAUCACGCUGUCCACAACGACUACCGACGCAGGGAUUCCAUCGCUUCCCCUCGCCUUGACCCGCGACCUCCAUGCCCGGCUCAAGCGCUUUAUGCAAGAACCGUGGAGUCCCGUCAUCGAACACAACAUUCGGCUGGCAUUCGUCACGUACCUCACGACGAUGCUGACAGGCUACCGCGACUGUCUUUUUUUCGUCAACUCGAGCUUUCCCGUGUUCAACCAGCGGCGGUUCCUAGCGACCUACGUGGCCGCCGACAUGAUUCCGUUCAUGACCAAGUUCUUGGUGACUCAGACGUUUGAAACCUUUCUGGAGACCCACAGCUCGAGCCACAUGCAUGCAUUCCACGCGAUAUACACGCUGGUCUGCAAAGCGCAGGGGUCGCUGUGGCUCAAAACGCGCCACGUCACCGACUGCGGCGAAUUGUACGCGUGUCCGAACAAAGUACUGACCGUGUCGAUGGACCAGCCGACGACUGCGCCGGGAUCGUUGGAUGCCAUGGCUCGAGCCAUUCAAUUGCUUCCUCUCACGGUCCACACGUCGACGAGCAAAGAUGACAUGGCGCUGCCGAACCCGCGUGUAUGGACACUGGAAGAUGUGGCCGCGACGGUCGGGCUCGACAAGACUGCGCUCGAGAACGCCGUGUAUCGGACGACUGGCGGCGGUCACGACGGGCUGUCAAAUACGUUGCAUCGCCAGCUAUCGACAGAGGAAGAGAAGGUUGAGCAGAGCAUGCACAAAUGUUUGGUUGGCAUCUUCUCGUCCGACGACACGCUGGUGGACGGCGUGCGCCAGGCGUGCGAAGCCAGUUUCAAGGCACAGUACGCGCGCGAGCUGUUUGUGCUGAUCCUCAUGCAACCGCACCAUCGGUCUCAAUCUUCCGACACGUACAUCCCGCGAGGGUCGGGAAGCUGCCUCGGUGACGUGGGGUUUCGAUUGCUCGUGCACUUGGCGUCGGUCAUGCUCGAGCAGUGCGACAUCCACGAAGACUUUGCCAACGCGCGCGGGCUGCUCCAAGUGUCAGCGCAAUUUUACCGGGUCGUCGAGGUCGCAAACCCCAAGCAGCAACGCUUUGGAGGCGCGCGAGAGUACUUGCAGCAGUCGCUCAAAUCCCAGCCGAUCUGUCGAUCUCUCGACAUGUGGCACCACGCUUUUAGCCGCGACAUGGAAGCCGCCAUGAAGUCGGACGAUGCCGACGUCGUAAGCGACGACUUGUUCUUUUCGCACAUGGGAUCCCUCGUCUACGACAUGCUCAACGUGGACGUCCCAGUUGGCAAGGUCCACACGUUCGUGUCGGCAAUGUGCAGCACGUACUCCAAAGGAAAGGAACUCCAGGACACGCUGGCGCAACUCGUCGAGAAUCUCCACCGCGCGCUCGUCCUGUCCAUGGAGAUGUCGCCCGGGGGCUCGUCGUUAUCGUCGCCGCGUCAUCCUCCAGGAUGGGCAUUUGCCACCCCGAACGUCGGCGUUGUCCCCACGUCCGUGACCGCAUACGACCUGGACACGGUGAUUCGCCGCAAACUGUCCAAUGUGUCGGACGUGUCGAGCUCGUCCGACUCGGCGGCCAACAUUUUGAUCGCGGCGCCGUCUCCGAUCGCAUGCCUUGCCGUCCACGGCGAACAUGUUGCGGCGGGAUGUCUCAACGGGUCCAUGCACCUGUACGCGCAUGAUACCUUGACCACGUUGGACGGCCAUCUCGCGCCCGUCACCCAAGUCCAAUUCCGUGGCCAUGCGCUCAUUUCGACGUCGUACGACGCCACCGUCCGCGUGUGGAACCUGCACGCGCAAAACUCGACGUCGCUGUCCCCGCGACGAUCCAAGCCAUUUCUGCGCUUCCUGGCAACGGACGUGGACACGUGCCGCGUCCUUCGCGGGCACACGGCGCCGAUCGUAGCGCUCGAGCUGGGCAAGCAGCUUGCGGUCGAUCGGGUCCUCCUCGCAACGGGGUCGUGGGACAAGUGCAUUCGCAUCUGGGACUCGGUCAAAGAGACGAGUGUGAUGCACAUGGUGCACUCGAGCGCUGUCACGUGCUUAAAGUUCAUCGCGACGUCGUCCGGGCUCGUCAGCGGCGACGCCGGCGCUGGCUUGGACGUGUGGGAUGUCCAUACCGGUCGGAAAAAGGGCCACUUCACCGCCCAUCGUUGCGGCAUCAAGGAGCUUCAAAUCGCUGGCGACCGGCUCGUGAGCGCAUCCAGUGACCGCAGUUUGAAGGUGUGGGAUGUGAACUUUCGAAGUGGCCAGAGUUGCACCCACGUCCUGAUGGGCCACAGCGGCCCCGUCACGUGCGUCGCGCUGGGCGGGCCGGCCGACCCGACCAUUUGUUCGGGGUCUGCGGACGGUGUCGUCAAGGUGUGGGACCUCCGCGCGACGGGGAAAGGGGCGCGGCUCGAGUUGAGUGGCCACGGGGGCCGCAUCACGACGCUGCAACGCGACUUCACCAAGGUGAUCUCGAGCAGCGAAGAUGGCACGUUGCGCGUGUGGAAUAUGCAUACCGGCGUGUGCGGCCAACUCCUGGCCGGGCACAUGAGCGGCAUCACGGGAGUCGGGUUCCAAGACCCCAACUUGCUCUCGGCGUCGUGGGAUGGCGCCGUCCGCGUCUGGGACGUCAACGUCGACUCGUGAUGGAUGUAAAAAUGGGAUUAUUUAUUUAGUUUUUUUAAUGAUUAUUUAUUCGAGGUAGAGAUGUGCAGUGAUGUAUGAUGAACGGUGACGAGGGUGACGCCGUCGGGGACAUGGAGCAUUUCUACGUCAUCCGAGAGUGGAGGCGGACUUCAUCACGGUCCUUCUUCCUGUUCAAGUCCGGGACGCACUUGGUGUCGAACGCGUACACGUCGCUCGCGAUCGCGGUGCCGGUGUCGACCGAACUGUCGCACACGAGGAUCAUGCCACGUUCGACUUUGACGGGAUGGGUCCUUUGUUUCACUCCCUUGCUCUUGAGCACAGGUUGACUCAUGUUGCCCGGUUCAAAGCCCAUGUACAGCCCUUCGCCAUUGUGCAAUGCGAUCUUGUAGUUGUGCCAAGGGCACUGAAUCGCGACGACACCGUCGAGAUCUUCGAUGUCUCCGCUUCCAAGCGGUCCACCGUGGUGGUAGCAUGCUUGAUCGAUGCAGUAGAUCACGUGACGGUGGUGCACAAGAAGCACGCUCCGCCCAGUCGACGGAAGAAGCACGCAGCGCCGCGACUCGUUGGGCAGGUCCGCCUCGGCACACACUGGCACGAACAACGCCAUGGCGGAGGC